AUGGUUCGGCGGGAGAAGGUAGCUACAUCAAGUGGGGCUUUGAGCAGCAAGCCUUCGCUGUCGUGUUUUUUGUCCUUUUUCCGUUUGGCACCCUCUAUCUCAUCUUUUCUGGCCGCUUGGGCUGGUGGAAUUACGACGAGAGUGGCAAGGAGUACACUGCUGAGGAGUACCGGAAGGCGAACAGUGUGGAGAAGCCGACCUGGGGCCGGUUCCCUUGGGAGCUGGAAAGCGACCUUUACAAAAAGUAGGAAGAACGGCCACCGCGAGAGUCUAUCCGUUUAG